CCUCUCCCUGCUCGGAUUUUCGGUCCUGUGGACCCGGUCCCUUGGGAGAUCCCAGCGGAGCCGUGUCAGCGUGGGGGAAAGGCGAACAUUCUGCUCCAGCCAAGGUGGUGAGGGCAGCAGUUCCUAAACAGCGCAAAGGCAGCAAGGUUGGUGACUUUGGAGAUGCAAUCAACUGGCCCACACCUGGAGAGAUAGCCCACAAGAGCGUACAGCCACAGUCCCACAAGUCCCAGCCUGCCCGUAAGCUGCCACCCAAAAAGGACAUGAAGGAACAGGAGAAAGGAGAGGGGAGCGAUAGUAAAGAGAGCCCGAAAACCAAGUCGGAUGAAUCUGGGGAGGAGAAGAAUGGGGAUGAGGACUGCCAGCGAGGGGGUCAGAAGAAGAAAGGGAACAAACACAAGUGGGUUCCAUUGCAAAUAGACAUGAAGCCUGAAGUGCCCAGAGAAAAACUGGUUUCGCGCCCUGCUCGCCCACCAGAGCCACGACACACAUCUGCGAACCGAGGGGAGAUCAAAGGGUCUGAGCCUGCCACCUACGUGCCCGUGCCCAUGGCCCCCCCCACCCCAGCCUGGCAACCAGAGACCAAACCGGAGCCUGCCUGGCACGACCAGGAUGAGACAUCGAGUGUGAAGAGUGAUGGGGCUGGUGGGGCGCGGGCUUCCUUCCGUGGCCGUGGACGGGGGCGUGGUCGCGGCCGGGGACGCGGCCGGGGUGGCACUCGAACCCAUUUUGACUACCAGUUUGGCUACCGAAAGUUUGAUGGUGCAGAGGGGCCUCGCACCCCCAAGUACAUGAACAACAUCACCUACUACUUUGACAAUGUCAGCAGCACUGAGCUUUACAGCGUGGACCAGGAGCUGCUCAAAGACUACAUCAAGCGGCAGAUCGAGUACUACUUCAGCGUGGACAAUUUAGAGCGAGACUUCUUCCUGCGACGGAAAAUGGAUGCUGACGGUUUCCUUCCCAUCACCCUUAUUGCUUCCUUCCACCGAGUGCAGGCCCUUACCACUGACAUUUCACUCAUCUUUGCGGCCCUAAAGGACAGCAAGGUGGUGGAGAUCGUUGAUGAGAAAGUCCGCAGGAGGGAGGAGCCGGAGAAAUGGCCUCUUCCUGGUCCCCCAAUAGUGGAUUAUUCCCAGACCGAUUUCUCCCAGCUUCUCAACUGCCCUGAGUUUGUGCCCCGUCAGCAUUACCAGAAGGAGACAGAGUCAGCACCUGGUUCUCCCCGUGCAGUCACCCCAGUGCCAACCAAAACAGAGGAGGUCAGCAACUUAAAGACGCUGCCCAAGGGCCUCUCUGCCAGCCUGCCUGACUUGGAUUCUGAGAACUGGAUUGAAGUGAAGAAGAGGCCGCGGCCAUCCCCAGCACGGCCCAAGAAGUCAGAGGAGCCCAGGUUCCUCCACACGACCUCUCUGCCUCAGCAGCUGCCUUCUCAGCAGUUGAUGUCCAAGGAGCAGGAUGAGCAAGAGGAGCUAGAUUUCCUUUUUGACGAGGAGAUGGAGCAGAUGGAUGGGCGGAAGAACACCUUCACCGCCUGGUCUGAUGAGGACUCUGACUAUGAGAUUGAUGACCGGGAUGUGAACAAGAUCCUCAUUGUCACCCAGACGCCACCUUAUAUGCGUCGGCACCCUGGGGGGGACCGCACAGGCAACCACACCUCGCGUGCCAAGAUGAGUGCUGAGCUGGCCAAGGUCAUUAACGAUGGGCUCUUCUACUACGAGCAGGACCUGUGGACUGAGAAGUUUGAACCUGAGUAUUCCCAGAUCAAGCAAGAAGUCGAGAACUUCAAGAAAGUCAAUAUGAUCAGCCGGGAACAGUUUGACACACUAACCCCAGAGCCCCCGGUGGAUCCCAACCAGGAGGUCCCUCCUGGGCCACCCCGCUUCCAACAAGUCCCCACUGAUGCCCUGGCCAACAAAUUGUUUGGUGCUCCUGAGCCCUCCACCAUCGCCCGUUCUCUACCAACCACUGUCCCAGAGUCGCCAAACUACCGCAAUACCAGGACCCCCCGCACUCCCCGGACACCGCAGCUCAAAGACUCAAGUCAGACAUCACGGUUUUACCCAGUAGUGAAAGAAGGACGGACGCUAGAUGCCAAGAUGCCUCGGAAAAGGAAGACAAGACACAGCUCAAACCCGCCCCUGGAGAGUCAUGUGGGCUGGGUGAUGGAUUCCCGAGAGCACAGGCCCCGGACAGCUUCCAUCAGCUCCAGCCCCUCAGAAGGAACACCUGCAGUUGGCAGCUAUGGCUGUACCCCUCAGUCCCUGCCCAAGUUCCAGCAUCCUUCCCAUGAGCUGCUCAAGGAAAAUGGCUUCACACAACACGUCUACCACAAGUACCGUAGGCGCUGCCUUAAUGAGCGGAAACGCUUGGGCAUUGGCCAGUCUCAGGAGAUGAACACUCUGUUCCGCUUCUGGUCCUUCUUCCUCCGAGAUCACUUCAACAAGAAGAUGUAUGAGGAGUUUAAGCAGCUGGCUCUGGAGGAUGCCAAAGAAGGCUACAGGUGA